UUUGGGGCGGGCUUUGUGACGUCAUCGUCAUAGACGCGUGUAUGCGGAAGUGGUCAGAGGACGAAGGUCUGCAGGCGUGAUGGAGGUGCGGAGUAAAUUAUUGAACUCGGUUGAUAAGUGUGUGGACGAGGCUUUGGAUGGUCUCGUCAGGAGUAACGGGGAUCUGGUGCUGCUGCGGGGGCACAGAGUUGUGCUGCGGUCAGAUCUGGAGAGCAUUAAGGGAAAGGUAGCGCUCCUGUCCGGAGGAGGAUCUGGCCAUGAACCCGCACAUGCAGGUUACAUUGGCAUGGGGAUGCUGUCUGGAGCUGUGGCGGGAGCUGUAUUUGCGUCCCCUCCUCCAGGUAGUGUGCUGGCUGCCAUUCUGACUCUGUGGAAGGGAGGCGCUUCAGGAGUCCUGCUCAUCGUGAAGAACUACACGGGUGACCGUCUAAACUUUGGCAUAGCUGUUGAACAGGCCAGAUCACAGGGCGUCCUGGUGGACAUUGUGAUUGUGGCCGAUGACUGCGCCUUCGCUCAGCCCAGCAAGGCCGGCAGGAGAGGCAUUUGUGGAACUGUGUUCAUUCAUAAGCUAGCUGGAGCUCUGGCAGAGAAAGGCUGUCCUUUGGAUGAAAUUGUUGCAUGGGUGAACAAAGCAACAAAAAAUAUCGGCACAUUGGGUGUUAGUCUGUCUCCAUGCAGUGUGCCCGGAUGCCUUCCAACUUUCCAGCUUCCACCAGGAGAGAUGGAGCUGGGACUGGGGAUCCAUGGAGAACCCGGUAUUAAGAGAUCAAAAGUGGCCUCAGCUGAUGAAGUUGUGAAGACUAUAAUAAAUCACAUGACUGAUUCCUCAAACAAAUCACAUCUGCCGCUGAAGUCAGGAGACAAGGUGGUGCUGUGCGUGAAUAAUCUUGGUGGUCUCUCAUGUUUGGAAAUGGCUGUGGUUUCCAAAGCAGCUGUACAUUGCCUAGAGGAGCGUGGUGUGCUGGUUGUCAGGGUGAUGUCGGGAUCAUUCAUGACAUCACUGGAGAUGGCGGGAAUGUCUCUUUCUUUAAUGAAGGUUGAUGAAGAGAUGCUCAGACUGUUUGAUGCUAAAACCACAGCCCCAGCCUGGCCAAACCUCAGCACGACCUCUCUGAGUGGGAGGAACCUGUUCAUGGAACCUGCAGAAAAACCUGCCGCAGCUUCAGAUAAAUAUAAUGACGGCUCGCUUUCCUCCGUCAUUCGCUUGGUUUUGGAGUCAGUGUGCAAGAUCCUCCUGCAGCGCCAAGAGGAACUCAAUGCUUUGGACCGCGCAGCAGGGGAUGGAGAUUGUGGGAGCACACAUGCUCUUGCAGCUAAUGCCAUUCAGGAGUGGCUCCAGACCAGUAGAAUCCCUGGCAACCUUGGCCAGCUUCUUGCAGAUCUGGCUCUGUUGGUCCAGGAUAGGAUGGGAGGAUCAUCAGGGGCGUUAUAUUGCUUGUUUUUGUCCGCGGCUGCCCCUCAUCUCAAACAAAACUGUGAUGGUGCUGCUUGGGCCAAGGCAUUGCAUGCUGGGACAGAGGCCAUGAAGAGAUAUGGAGGUGCUGAACCAGGAGAUCGGACCAUGCUUGAUGCCCUAUGCCCUGCUGUAGAGGAGUUGAUGAAACUUUCCACAGCACCUCCUGAUGGUCACAUGGCUAUACUACAAGCAGCAGUGGAGAAAGCAGAUUUAGGAGCGGAAUCUACCCGCAGUCUCACUGCAAAAGCUGGACGUGCCAGUUACGUUGCAUCUGAACAUCUGACCCAGCCUGACCCCGGUGCAGUGGCGGUAGCCGCCAUUCUGAAGGCCAUACUCCAUUCUUUAAAGGAAGAGAGUUAAAGAAGCUCACCAACAUUAUGCAGAUUACUAAAGUUCCCCUAUUAUGCUAUUUUAAAGGUUCCAAAUUUUUUUUUUGGAGGUCUCCUACAAUAGAUUUACAUGCAUCCAAGGUAAUAAAAAAAACCUAAAAAAAAAAAACUUUAAUUUUCUCAUAAUAUACACAUAUGCACAUGACCUAAUUUCUCAAAGAGGAUUCUGUCUCUCUAAACCCCUCCUUUCUGAGAGCCUACUCUUCUCUGAUUGGUCAGAUGGUCCAGUCUGUUGUGAUUGGUCUACGGCUUACAGAGCAGGUGUCAGAAACUAAACGCCCAUUACCAUAUAAAUUUCAGCUGCGGAGGCUUCUUAAAGCACUUGAUAAACAGUGAUACGAACGAUGGUUUUUCCAUAUACAGUGAGACUAAUUGCUGACGACUAGUUUCAGCAGUUCAGAAUCGAUUCUUUAUUUUAGGAGACAAUAACUUUAUUUGUUGUGCAGUUUGAUCUUUAAAACUUUGCACUUUACAUUACCUAUAUUACACACUGCAUGAAAGGUAAUAUUCGAAAAAGCAUAAUAGGGGCACUUUAAGGAACCGUAAAGCAAAAGGUUAUAAACAAAACACAAGAGUUUGCUAGCAAUGAUUUUUGCAGGUCUUUAAGAUGCUGUGUUUGAUUUUUAAAAACAUUAAAAUACUUUCUCUGAUCCCAGUAGGUUGAUCCCUGAAGAGUGUAAAAACUCACAGCUCUGCUGCGUUUUCAACAUUCAACUUUGUUCGACCAACAUAGCAAUACUGGCUCAAUCAUUUGUGUGGGUUUGGUCCAAGAAACCUGUUUAAAACAAGUCAUUAUUUGUGUAUUGCAAUUUGGUGCCGCUUACUUCAGCUUUAACUCUUCAGUUUUAAUGAAAAUAAUGGAAAUACUGAAUAAAUAAUUCAUCAAUACACUGCCAAUAAUGAAACAAUAAAAGUGACCAAGACCAAACAUUGUUAAAAUGAGAGGGCUUUUGUAGUUGAAUUGUUCUUGUUUACUGUUGUAAACAAUUAUGGCAAUUUCAGUAUUGUAAAAUGAAUGAAUGUAACUAAUAAAAACUGCUAUAUUUUAAUCUGUGAUUACAUUAUUUUGAAUAAUCAAAAAUAAAAUGUUCUGUCACCAUUUA